AUGCCAGAAUUCACUCCUACCGAGGUCCAGAACCUCAAGUCUGUAUACGAAAAGGCCGAUCAAGGCCACGUAUUCACCUACUUCGAUUCCCUAAGCCAACCCGACCAAAAAGCUCUGUUCGGACAGCUCCAAAAGAUCGACCCCGUCAGAGUUCACAAGCUACGAGACCUUGCUCUGAACCCACCGACAGAGGAGGCACAGACCGUCCUUGAGCCACUUCCCGAGUCGGCAACCGCUAGCAUUUACGAUUCGAAGCCGGAAGAUAUUCAAAGGUGGUAUGAUCUCGGUCUAGAGCUGAUCGGUAAGGGCGAGGUUGCCGUAGUUUUACUGGCUGGCGGUCAGGGUACCCGUCUAGGAAGCAAGGCCCCAAAAGGCGCCUUCAAUAUCAAACUUCCCUCCCACAAAUCCCUCUUCCAGAUCCAAGCCGAGCGAAUCUUAAAAAUCCAAAAGCUAGCUGCUGCGCGGGCCUCAGACCCUACUAAGGCUGUGAUUCCAUGGUUUAUCAUGACCAGUGGUCCCACACGUGGGCCGACUGAGAAGUUCUUCAAGAAGGAAAAGCUCGACGAGCUUAGCGCCGAGGAGAACGCAAACCGAGCCAAGGGCGAGCCGUACUUUGGUCUUGACCCCAAGAACGUGACCAUCUUCGAGCAAGGUGUGCUCCCUUGCAUCACGAACGAUGGAAAGUUUAUGCUCGCGAGCAAGGCGAAGCUUGCAGUUGCCCCUGACGGCAACGGCGGCUUAUACAAAGCUCUACAAGACGAAGGAGUUCUCGAAAAAAUGCGGCCCACUAUCAAGCACGUCCAUGCGUACUGUGUUGACAACUGCUUAGCCAGGGUUGCGGAUCCGAUCUUCAUUGGAUUUGCCGCCGAAAAGAAGGUUAAGAUUGCCACUAAGGUUGUGAGGAAGCGAGAUGCCAAGGAGUCGGUCGGUCUCAUUCUCCAGAAGAAUGGCAAGCCUGACGUGGUCGAAUACUCGGAAGUUGACGAUGCCACCUGCCAAGCAGUAGACCCCAAGCAGCCCAGCAUCCUCAAGUUCCGCGCUGCCAACAUCGUCAACCACUAUUACUCAUUCGAAUAUUUGGACAGCAUGGGAGAUGCUGUAAACAGCUUACCACCGCACGUUGCCCGAAAGAAGAUUCCCUUCUUUGACACCGAGAAGGGCGAGGCUGUAGAUCCUAAAACACCCAAUGGUAUCAAGUUGGAGCAAUUCGUCUUCGACAACUUCAAGUGGCUAAACUUGAACGAAUUCGCUUGCUUCGAGGUCAAGCGUGAAGAGGAGUUCUCCCCUCUGAAGAAUGCAGACCCAGCCCAGAAGGCUGACGGUUCAUUCGAGAAAGAGCCUGAGGACAGCCCUACAACCAGCCGCAGACACAUCAAAGAGCAAGGCCGACGGUGGGUUGAGGCCGUUGGCGCAACUGUCAAAAACGGAGAUGCUGAUGGCGGUCUUGAGGUUUCCCCACUCACGAGCUACGGCGGCGAGGGCCUAGAGGGAUUCAAGGGACAGACAAUCGAAAAAGCUACUAUUUAG